AUGUCGUCGCCAGCGGCAAUACUGGAGGAAGCGAUGGCUCACGACGGAGAGCACGAAGAGGGUAUUAACGACGUCGAGAUGGGUGAGGACGACGCGCCAGGGGCCGAGGACGCCGAGGGCGAGGACGAGGAAGGAGAAGGAGAUGGCGAUGCAGUCGGUGCAGAGGGUGCGGCUUCAGACGACAGCUCGGAGGAGGGCGAGGACGACGAGGCAGAGGCACGCAGGGUUCGCGAGGGAUUUAUCGUAGACGAGGACGAGGACGACGAGGAAGACUCAGAGGCAGAGAGACGCCGCAGGAGGCGCAGGAAGAAGAGGAGAAAGCACCGCGAAAUGGAAGAAGAUCUCGACGAGGACGAUCUUGAUCUCGUAGAGGAAAACACUGGCACCAGGGCCUCACGUAGUCAUCUCACUCGACUCAGGCGUGGUCGAGCAUCUUCCUCGCGUUCGGCCUCUCCUGAAGAAACCCGUAUCUCCCGCGGCCGUCGUCCGCGUGGCUCAGACGAUGAAUCACUACCAGAUGCAAACGACAUUGAUCGCAUUUGGGACGACAGGGCUCGAGAGGAAGACGAUGGAGACAUGGAUGAUUUUAUUGAGGAUGACCUCGACGAAGAUCCGGGAAUGGGAGAAGAAGAACGCGAAGAGCAGCGUCGCGAACGCCGUCGGGUCGAAAAGGAGCGCAGGAAAGCCAUGGGUGCUCGUCCCGAACUUGCGGGCAUCGACGCUGGAGCCUGGGACGAGAUUUUCGAGGUUUUCGGCGAUGGAACUGACUACGACUGGGCUCUGGAUGAUGAGGACCUGGCCGAGGAAUAUGAACCCAUUUCUAAACCUGAUCUCACCUACAACGAUGUGUUCGAACCCUCAGAAAUCCGAGCCCGUCAUCUUACUCUCGAUGAUGACAUUAUUCGAGUGACAGACAUUCCUGAACGUAUGCAACUCACAAAUAGCACACUGGCCGAUGCCCCACUCUUGUUGGAGCGGGCCGGAAAAAUGCAUCACUACCUCAUGCAAUUCAUUCUUGCCGUUCGAAACGCCUUGGAUUAUGUUGUCAACCAAUAUCUCGAAAUUCCCUAUAUUUGGGUUCAUCGUCGUGACUACAUCUCUCAUUUCGAGCUUCGGCAGCGCGUAGAACUGCUCACUCGUGAGGAGCUUUGGAAGGUUGGCAUACUUGGGCUCAAGUUCCGUGCGCUUUUGGAACGGCGAUCAGCCCUGGAAGCAACGUUCCGCAAGCUUGAAGUCCAAGAUGAAUAUUUCGAAAAACAGCUACUUCCCAAUCUCACCAGUAUCUCUAUGGUCGCUGAUGCUACGGAGUGGCUCUCGGUCAAGUACAAGCAGCGCAAGAAGGACAUUGAAGCUACGGCGGAUGAUAUGGCCGAGAAAAAACACAAGAACCCAAGUCGAGUGUCUGCAUACGAAGUUGCCCGAGGCACGAUCGUUUCUCGUCUGGCCGACGAUUUCGGUCUUCCUCCACACCAAAUUGCUAUCAACUUCUCGGGUCAAAAAGUGCACUUCCCCGAUGAUCAAGAUCUACCACCGCGUGCAUAUGCAGAGCAAUUCAUUACCGAGAGUUGCCCUACAGCCGAAGAGGCUCUCACGACGGCUCGGAUGAUCAUCGCAACUGAACUCGGUCGUGAUCCUCAGCUCCGCGAGGCCAUCCGUAACCAAUUUAAGGAGCAAGCUUUGCUUAGCUGCGAGCCUACUGAAAAAGGGAAGACUAAGAUCGACGAGGCUCAUGCUUGCUAUGGCUUCAAAUUCCUCGUCGAAAAGCCCAUUGAAACGUUGACCUCAAGUCCACAAUACCUUCAUAUUCUUGGUGCCGAAUCCGAAUUACUGCUCAACGUUGAGAUUACCGCAACUCGCAGCCGGAUGCACGAAAUCACCACUUCCCUCGAGAAUGCUUAUGCGUCUGAUAGUUUCAGUGACUCUGCCAAGGCUUGGAACGAGCAGCGGCGCGCCGUGAUUGCUGAAGCAUUGGAGAAGCACUUGAUUCCCCAAGCAAUUACUUGGACCAAGGAAUGGCUGCGUGAAGAAGUGGAGGACUACUUGGCCAACAAGGCCGCCGAACAACUCGAAAAGCGCGUGAAUAUGUCACCGUGUAGACCCAAAGACCUUGUCGGGCCAGACGAUGUUCCCUCGGCUGUCUCCAUGUCGUGGGGCAAAGGUGAACCAAACAAGGAUCCGAUUCACCUCGUAUACUUGGACGAAGAGGGCCGAUUCCUCGACUUGCUCAAGCGUCGCAAACCCGAUGUAAUCGUUAUCGGAGGAUUCACGGUUGCGACGAAGCACUUGAUGAGCCGUGCAAGGGAGGCUCUAGGGAUACCCGAGCCGGACGAAGAGAACGAGUCUGGUGGAACCGGUGCAAGCACGUCUGCUGCACCAGCGCAAAGUGGAAAUUGGGGUGGCGGAGACGCUGGUGGUGGUGCCCCUGCAGGCGACAAACCUGCCAGUCAAAGUAACAACAACAAUUCUUCAUCGGCACGCAAUGGUGACGAGCGUGUGCCCGAACUCAUGUACGGCCACGAUGAGGUUGCGCGCAUAUACCAACACAGCCCCCGCGCCGAGGCCGAGUUUAGUGCUCUUCCGCUCGUUGCGAGGUACUGCGUUUCGUUGGCGCGGUACGUUCAGAACCCAUUGAACGAGUAUGCUGCGUUGGGAAGUGAUUUGACGGCGGUCACGUUCACAGAGGCGCAAAAUUUGAUUCCGAAAGACAAGCUACUCGUCGCACUCGAGCGAGCUAUCGUCAAUAUUGUGAACAAUGUUGGAGUUGAUAUCAAUCGCGCAGUCAACGACCCCUACCACCGAACGUUGCUUCCCUAUGUGGCUGGUCUUGGACCAAGAAAAUCCGAAGCGCUAAUCAAGAAGCUCGGUCAGAUUGGAGGAACCGUUGUCAACCGUUCCAACUUCAUCAAGCAAAACCUCGUUCCCACGCAAAUAUUCAUCAAUUGCUGUGGCUUCUUGUAUGUCCCUCAAGACCCCGAUAGCAAGGAGAUUGCUCGCGUGCGUGAUCAUUAUGAAGAUGUUCCUGACCCGUUGGAUGAGACCCGUAUCCACUACGAGGAUUACGAUUUGGCGAGGAAGAUGGCUUUAGACGCUCUCGAGAUGGAUGAUGAGGACGUGGUCGGGAAGCACCCCUCGGUGAUCGUUUACGACUUGAUGCAAAAGGACGACAAUGUGCAGAAACUCGAGGAGCUGUCACUUGACGAUUUCGCUCAGUUGCUCAAGGACAUGAGUAACGAGCAGAAGCGUCACACUCUCAAUAUGAUCCGCGAAGAACUGCUCAGGCCAUUUGGAGAUCAGCGCGAGUCGUUCGUUCCUCCCGACGAGUGGAAAGUCAUGACCAUGCUCUCGGGUGAGACUGUCAAGACCCUCGCACCUGGUCGCGUCAUUUCGGUUUCGGUGCUCCGUAUCAUGAAGUCCUUCGUUUCGGUUCGCCUUGAUUCUGGAGUGGACGGUAUCAUCAACUUGGAAUAUGUCGAUCGCGAGCCUGUCAUCAUCGCCAUUAACCUCAAAAAGCUCUCGGUCGAGCUAUCGGCCCGAGCUACCGACAUCGAAAAGGGAGACGCCCAGACCCGCAUGCCUCAGUUUGACCAGUACUACGACAAACAUGCUGCCCAGCGACUCCAGGAUGAGCUACAUCGCAAAAAGAUGCGUGCUGCCGAAUCGUCGCGCCGAAUCAUCAAACAUCCCAACUUCCAUAACUUCAAUGCGACCCAGGCGCAUCAGUAUCUAGCAAACCAGCAUCGUGGGGAUGUUGUGAUCCGACCAUCAUCCAAGGGCCCGACGCAUCUGGCCGUUACCUGGAAAGUCGACGAAGGAGUGUACCAGCACAUCGAUGUGGUGGAUCCUAGUGGUAAUGCCGGCGACCAGAGUGUGGGGAAGCAACUCAUCAUCGAUGGCAAGUACGAGUACUCUGAUUUGGACGAGUUGAUUGUCAAUCACGUCAACGCCAUGGCCCGGAAAGUUGAAGAGCUUAUUGCCCACGAAAAGUACAAGGCUGGCUCGGAAGCCGAGCUGCACAAAGCGCUCAAGGAAUUUGUCAUAAUGCAUCCCACAAAGAGUAUUUAUGCAUUUGGUCUCAAUCGGUCGAAACCCGGGUACUUUAAUUUGUCCUUCCUGGCUAAUAAAAAUGCGCCAAUUCAAACUUGGCCCGUUCGAGUUAUUCCCGAGGGCUACGUUUUGAUUGAUACUCCUGUGCCGACCGUGCCCGAUCUUUGCAAUGCGUUCAAGAUGCGAUACUCCACGCCCCAGACAACCGCACGCACCCCAGCGUACGGUGCAGGCCGUAUGACCCCUGGAGGCGCACGAACCCCUGGUCACCGAACACCGGGACAUCCCAUGGGCGGAAAAACGCCAAAUCCUUAUGCCACGGGCGGUAAGACUCCUAAUCCCUAUGCUGCGAGAACGCCCAACCCCUACGCCGGUCAACAACAAGCAUCGGGAGGCUGGGGUGCUCCACCGCCAGCCGGUAUGAACCCAGACCGUGCUCGAAUGAUUAAUGCGAAUACCAGCAAUAACGGCAACAACAGCAGCAACGGGAGUGGGUGGGGUGCUUCUAACAAUGGGGAAAACCAGAGUGGUUGGAGCGGUGGCGAUAAUUCUGGUGGAUGGGGAAGUGGGGGUGGCCAAAACUCUGGCGGAUGGGGUAACGGAUCUGGUGGUGGCGGAGGGUGGUAA